AUGAUAAAACCAAAGAUCUGGACACAUAUGGUCUUUAAUAUUAUUAAACGAGAAAAAGGUUAUUCCAAAAAAAAUAUAAUACAAAUUGAAAAACAAAAAGUAGAAAGUUUAGUUUUAUAUUUUCAAAAAUGUAUACAAGAAGACCGAAUAAAUAAUUGUAAUUUAUUUCAUUUUAAUAUUAUACAUGAUGACAAGCCAAAUAUUAAAAAUGUUCAUAUAAAUUUAGUCAGAAUAUCUUAUUUUUUGAAAAAUAUUAAAGUUGAUGAAAAUAAAUGGCUAUCUAUUUAUGAAAAAAUAAGUAACCUAGAAAUAAUAAGUGAUAAUUUAUAUCCAAAAAAAAAGGACAUAGGAAAUUGUGAAAAUAAAAAUGCCAUUGAAAAUGCAUCGAUAAUCUUUCCAAAUUAUGUUUUAGAAAAUAAUUUAUCUAUAGAAUAUAAUAUUCGAGAAUUGCACACAUCCUAUUUAUUCAUUUUUAAUACAUGUAUCUCCUCGUUGUCCAAAUAUCUCUCUCUAUAUGACAUAAAGAAAUAUUUGUUGAUAUUAAAAAGUUGUGAACGCUUUUUUAACUUUUUUUUUAAAUUACACAAAAAUCGAAAAGGCAAAAAAGAUACUAAUAUUUAUCCAAAAUUAAACUUUUUAUAUUUAUAUUCAACUAGCCAAAAUUAUAUGGAAAAUGCAAAAAUUUUAAAAAGCCAAAAUAACACCAACAUAAUAAUAAACGAAAAAGACAAAUUUAAUUUUAGCUACCAUUAUGAAGAACUAUACAAAUUAAAGUACCAUCAAAUAUUUAUUAACAAAAUAAAUCUAACUAUCACCAUAUUUAAAAAUAUUAAUUUUUAUUCUAUUAGUUAUGAACAUUUUGAACAUAUUUUAAAUUUUUUAUACAAUAAAACAAAAAAUGGGAUAAUAAUUGAGAGUGUUAUACUAAAUUUUUUGAAUUAUUUUAUGAAACAAAUAAAAAAUGAAACAGAAAAUAAAAAUCUUCAUAUUAUUUCCCUAUUUAAAGUUAUUAACAUCAUGUAUUAUUCCAAAAUUGUUCAUAAAGGUAUUGUAGAAAAUUUUAUUCAAACCUUAAAAAAAAAUAAAAAUACAUAUGAUAUAUACAAAGGAAACACAUGUUUUAAUUACUUAAAAUUAUUAACAUUAUUAGAAAAGGAUGAUGAUAUUAUAUAUGUAUAUAAAUAUUGUAAAGAACAUAUUCUCACCAAAAAUCCACAAGACAUUUUUAACCUUUUUUUUUUUUCGUCUAUUAUUGGUUUAUUUGAUUUUUCCCUUAUUAAUUCAUAUAUAAGCCUUUUAAAAAAAUAUAAAACAAUCCCUAUUACUUUUGACAUAUCUUAUAAUACUCACCAAAAUCAUAAUGAUGAUAUAUCAAAAAUGUCUACACCUUUAUUACAUAAAAAUUAUUACACAUUAUUGGGAUGGAAUAUAGUGAUAAAUAAUUUUAUUAAACAUUUAAGAGAUGAUCAAAAGGAAAUAAUCGAAAUUGUUAAAAUUAAUUUUAAUAACAAAAAUGUCUAUUAUACUUACUCAAAUAGAUUAUCAAAUGAUUUUACUUAUUUAUUAAAAGAAAUAAAUUUUUUAUUAAAUUUUUAUAAAAUGAAUAUGACCAAAGUUGGUGAUACUAAAAAUAACAAUUUUUUUUAUAAUCAAUAUAGUAUAUAUAAUAUUUUAAAAAAAAAAUUUAAUGAGCACUCAAUAAUAUAUGAAUAUAUAACUAAACAAAAUAUUUUAAUUGAUAUAUUAUUAAUUUUUAAAAAAAAUAAAAAUAAUAUAGAUUACUAUAAUUUGUUUGCAAUUGAGUUUAAUGGACGAACACACUAUAAUUUACAAAUUGAUCAAGACAAUAUAACUACAAAUAAUUUACAUUAUUAUUUAAAAGAAAAUUAUAAUACACAAUUUAAAAAAUUUAUUACAUCAAAUUUAGGUUUUAUUAAUAUUUAUAUUCCUUUCUAUAAAUGGAAUACUUUAAAUUUAUCCCAAAAAGAAUCAUAUCUUAUAAAUUAUAUACACUCUUUUAAAUGA